GUCCCUAACGGCAGGCUGAGUAGUUGAUGCUGGAUCGCCGAGCAGCAGCAGCAGCAGCUCAGUCCGGCGCUGCAGUCCGACAGAGCGGCCAGUCAUCAUCUCAACGUCCGCGGGGCUGUAACGCUAUGUGGCUCUGAGCUGACGGUGGACGGUUCAACCGGAGCAGGUUACGACGACGAACGUGGACAUUUGUGGACAUGAGGACACCUGCUACAACGUCUAAUUCUUCCAGAAGGCGGACCGGGAAUCCCGACUGCCAUCAUUUUUCACCGAGCAAAUGAGAAAGAAUCGUCAUGACCCUUUUCCUGCUGACCUGUCACUCCUUCACUGAGGGACCUCUGCCCUUUUUGGUUUCUGGACUUAAUAUUGCAGGGAUGAGAUAAUAUAGUCAACCAGCUUGUGCAUGCUGCUACAACAACACCUGUGGCACUUGUAAACCCACCCCGCCCCCCUAACCCCCUCCCCAAGCUAAAAUCAAGUCAACAGUCAAAACAUGACGACACCAGCUCUCCUGCCGCUGUCGGGCCGCAGGAUACCCACUCUGUCGCCGGGAGCCUCCUCUUUCCCGCACCACAGAGCUACGUUAAGGCUCUCCGAGAAGUUCAUCCUUCUGCUCAUUCUCAGUGCCUUCAUCACCUUAUGCUUCGGGGCCUUCUUCUUCCUACCGGACAAUUCCAAGCACAAGCGCUUUGACCUGGGUUUGGAGGAUGUGCUCAUCCCUCAUAUUGACUCGCCCAAAGAGGGAAAGCACGCCUCUGGACAGGUGGUCAUACAUGGACAGGGAGGGCAUGAUGAGCACAGACACAGGGAGGAGGAGGAGAGCCUGCGGGACAAGAUUCGAGCAGACCAUGAGCGCGCACUGCAGGAGGCAAAGGAGAAGCUGAGAAAGUCACGUGAGGAGCUGCAGGCUGAGAUUCAGACGGAGAAGAACAAAGUAAUGGAGGAACUGAAAAAGAAAGAUGCUCUGCCAAAACCUUUGCCACCCGUCCCCAUGCCAAAAGUAGUGGGUGUCAGUGAUGGUGAGCCACCAGAGCCAGACGCCAAAGAGAAACGCGACAAGAUCAGAGAGAUGAUGAAGCAUGCAUGGGACAGCUACAGACAGUACGGCUGGGGUCACAACGAGCUGAAGCCCCUCGCCAAGAAAGGACAUUCCACAAAUAUCUUUGGCAAUUCCCAACUAGGUGCGACCAUUGUGGAUGCCUUAGACACCCUCUACAUCAUGGGUCUGCACGACGAGUUCAAGGACGGCCAGGAGUGGAUCGAACAGAAUCUGGACUUCGGAGUGAAUGCCGAAGUGUCUGUGUUUGAGGUCAACAUUCGUUUCAUAGGAGGACUGCUGGCCGCCUACUACCUCUCUGGACAGGAAGUAUUCAAGCUGAAGGCAGUCCAGCUCGCAGAGAAGCUGCUCCCUGCCUUCAACACCCCCACAGGAAUCCCCUGGGCCAUGGUCAACCUUAAGAGCGGUGUUGGUCGUAACUGGGGCUGGGCGUCGGCAGGCAGCAGCAUCCUGGCUGAGUUCGGGACUCUACACAUGGAGUUUGUUCACCUCACCUACCUGACGGGGAACCCGGCCUACUACCAGAAGGUGAUGCACAUCCGGAAGCUGCUGGCCAAAAUGGACAGACCCAACGGGCUUUACCCGAACUACCUGAACCCUCGUACGGGUCGCUGGGGUCAACACCACACCUCAGUUGGAGGACUUGGGGACAGUUUCUACGAGUACCUGCUGAAGGCAUGGCUCAUGUCGGACAAGACCGAUACAGAAGCCCGUAAAACCUAUGACGACGCCAUCGAGGCUAUCGAGCGCCACCUGAUACGCAAAUCCAACGGCGGUCUGACGUUCAUUGGUGAGUGGAAGAACGGCCACCUGGAAAGGAAGAUGGGCCACCUGGCUUGCUUCGCCGGCGGCAUGUUUGCGUUGGGCGCUGACGGUUCGCCCGACGACAAGGCCGGACACUACCUGCAGCUGGGAGCUGAGAUUGCACACACCUGCCACGAGUCCUACGACAGGACGGUGUUGAAGCUCGGCCCGGAGGCCUUUAAGUUCGACAGCGGCCUGGAGGCGGUGGCCGUACGGCAAAACGAGAAGUACUACAUCCUGCGGCCAGAGGUCAUCGAGACCUACUGGUACAUGUGGAGGUUCACCCACGAUCCCAAAUAUCGGCAGUGGGGCUGGGAGGCAGCACAGGCCAUUGAUAAGUACUGCAGGGUGAGCGGAGGUUUCUCGGGGGUGAAGGACGUUUACUCCUCCAACCCGACGUACGACGAUGUGCAGCAGAGCUUCUUCCUGGCCGAGACGCUCAAGUAUCUGUACCUGUUGUUCUCCAGCGACGACCUGAUGCCGUUUGAGAGCUGGGUCUUCAACACGGAGGCUCACCCACUUCCUGUCCUCCACCUGGGGAACAUCACCCUGCCUGGCAGCGAGCCGGCUCAGCAGUAGACGGGCAGGACCAUCGUCCUCCACCACAGCACCAGGGGGCGCCACCUGUUCGCCUGCCUGACUGAACACAAACCAACCCAUCAACACUGGACAAACUUACAUUCAGCUCCACGGACUCUCGACUGCUUUCGGACUGCAGACUUCAACCCGAGGAGACAGACGGAGAGCCUCCCGCACAGACCACUGCAGCGUGGAGAGGACUUUGAGUCUCCCUCUCUUCUUCUAUGUUUUACUCUUUGACUCUCUCCGUCUUCUCUGCUUACAUCAGGAAGACGGCGGGUGUGCUGCUCAGCCUCACGACUGGCUUGAAUUAACUCUGAAGGACCGAGCCCCAAAACCCCCGGAGGCUUGAUUUAGUUUUUUUUGUUAUUAUUUUUUUGUGUCGAUUUGCAAUUUUGACUUUCCUCCCGUACAGACUGAGGCACUGAGGUGCAUUAUGGGGUUUCUGUGAAGGAUUACGCAGUCAGUUUGACACUACUGAUGGAAGUGUCAUUUAGUUUCCCAGGCAGACAGACUUGAGGACUUUACAGGAUCUGUUGAUGAGGUGUGUGUUUUUGUUUUUGUUUGGACACAUCGUUAAUGGGGACACAGGGUUGAAUCAAAGCCCUUUGCUUCUCCCUGAACCCAACCUCCUUCCCCCCCAUUCCACUUCCUGUUUAAUCUUCAUCAGAUGAACUUUGACCUGGAACUGUUAGCAGCUCGUCACAUCAUCAGUGCGAGGGGCGGGUUGUGUCUCCUCCUCCUCCUCCUCCUCUAAUCCUCCUUUUUCAGAAAAGUGGACCAUUGUGACACGGGGACAGCAGCAGGCCUCUCCCUCUUCACCUCGACAUCUUUCCAGUUUCCAGUUAGAGACGUCUGCUGCUCCUCGUUUGGAUGCUGCUUUUUUUCUUUAUAUCUCCACAAUCACAUAGUUUCUCUCCAGUUGAUGACCUCUUCUCUCACAUCCUGCGUUCUCUUAUUUCCUGCCUUUUCAUAAAUCAUUUUCAGAACCUGAGUGUGUGUGUGAGUGUGUGUGUGUGUGUGCGUGCGUGCGUGCGUGCGUGUGCGUGUUGAAAUAACCUCUGCUGUAAAUCAUUUAUUUGUGCACUUUGUAUUGGAAGAGGAAAAUAGAAGUGUAGCACUGAAAGAGCUGAAUACAUGAAGUCUCCCUGCUGAGCUCCCAUCAUGCAACAGUUGCUCUGUUGGACUCUAUAUCACCAGUUGGACCACCGAACUGUAAGUUGUAUAAACUCAAUGUUGUGUCCCUCUCUCCUCAUCGAACACUCUGAGACAUUAACUCUCAGGUUCCCACAUAAGUGUGAGACGUCUGGCAAAGUUUGAAAUUUCAUAAUGUCCCAAGUUUUGGAUGAUCGCCCCAAUGUGGAAAUGUUUUUAUCUUUCGAUAUAUAGUACAUUCAAAUGUAAAUGUACAGCAUAUAGCUGCAAGCGUGUCCCCUUUGUGUUAGUUACUCGGUGCACAAUCAUGACUAAAAGCUACUGUACAGAUCAACCGCUGAACGGCGACAUCAUAUCAUCAAGCAAACGUAAAACAUCUUCAAGUCUGUGAAGAAAUGUGAGAAAUAGUUUUUUAAUUUGUUUACAAUUUCAAAACGCACAACCCUUUUUGCUGAGCCUUUAUUCAUCCUCUCUGUAAGAGUUUGAAUAUCAAACUCGCUCCGUACGGUCGCGAUAUAUCAAGAGCUCGGCCUCGUGGAGAGAAGUCGGAGCCUCCUCUCUAACUCUCUGUUACAGCGUGAGGGAUUUACUGCUCUGAUGAUAGGUAACACAGUCUGUUACAUAUUGUUAUAUUAGCAAACAACCAAAAGCAGCUCUGCUCUGCAACAGUCCAGACAGGUUUACACUCGAUUCAAUGUGACCUACUGCACAGAGCGGACACGACUCGUAACACAAAGUGUUCCUGCAGAAAACAAAAGAGUCUCACACCAACGUACACGCUGCAGUCUUAACGCGCUCUAAACGUGAAAGUAGACAUUAUAACCCCGUGAAUCUGGGACUACUGCACGCGUUAGAGUCGCACCUGCUCCUAGUUCUGCUUGAUUUUUAAAGAUGGGACUCAUAUUUCUUACUAUAUGACGCGGCAGUAAGCAGAUGUGAAGAAGACUUGCAGCUGAACCACGAUGUGUUCACCAGGAAGGGAGGGAGAGUUGCAGCAAGAGGGGAGGACGAGAUGUUGAGUAAAGGCCUGACUCCCCCGUCGAGGUUAAGUAAUCCCACAUUACAACAGCAAUUUGCGUUCCAGACAAACUUUGUGUCGUCGCCGUAACACCGAUGUCAAAACUACAUCAGCCAAAUGCUUUUACUUUAGUCAGAUCCACGCGUGUAGAGAUUCAACCAGGAUGUUUCCUUCCCUUAGUUUUUAACAAAUACAGGAUGGGCUCAAUAGACCUGUGCAAUGUGUGUGUGUGUGUGUGUGUGUGUGUGUGUGUGUGUGUGAGGGAGAGAAUGUGAGUGUGUUUCGAAUGCUCGGACAUUAUUACGGUUUAGAACAGAGACGCGUGUCCUGCAGGCGUUCGAGCUGCAGAGUAGGAAGUCCACUGAACCAGGAAGAUUUUUGUAUUUGUUUUGUAUUUGAUUCUUUUCAAGCCUUAUUGUCAAAUGUGUGACGCCUUGGCCAAUACUGUGCUCUUUCACGCCCUCUUGCUUUGUGUUUUUGUAAUACAUCAUUAUGAUUCACAGUUAUUGUUUUUGUUUGCACAAACGUUGUCUUGUCCUCUGACGUGUAGAUAAAUGCUGAUGGAGUAAAAAAAAAAAAAAAAAAAGUUCAGGCUGAGCGUUAACGUUCUGUUUCCUGCCCCGGGCCACGUGACUAAAGGUUCUCUAAAACAAUCAAUAUGCUGAUUAACGCUUUAAUAACCCCCCCUCCCCCGUCCUCCUGACGAUAGAGUCACACUGACUGCAGAAAGCAACAAAGAUCAAAUUGAUUUAAGCCGUAGUUGUUUCACAAAGUGUUGACGGCCUAAUUAAAGUUUUAGAGGAUAAGGAUGUAGAUGUUCUUUUCUUUCUUACUGUCAACUAAUCCCAUGAAAAGCCCAAAAACCAAGAAUGAAUUCAUCAAAUGUAACCGUGUGUAUGCACCUCAUUCCUCUGAAAUGUCCAAAAUAUGAACAAUAUGAACGUUUACACUCCUGGAAGUACUCACUCGAGCACCUAAUGUGGAUUAAUCCGCUUCUGAAAAUAGUAAAGAAAUCCAGUUCCCAGCUGCUUUUGGUAUAUUUGUGACCCGUUUUACAGUAUUGUUCAUCUUAAUUAAUUAAUAAUUAACAUUAAUGGGUUAGAGUAGUUAAAAAACUAUUGAGUUUAAUGGGAUUGGAUGACAGGAACAUAGAGUAAAAUAAUAUUCUCCUUAUACUUUAAAUGUCUGGAUUUGACCGGUGUAAGUAGAAGAUACAGACGUUUUAGUAAAAUAUCUUUUAUGUCGAAAUGUUUUUUGCGUUUAAGGCCAAAACGUCUUUGACGAAGAUUCUGGCCAACAGUUUGAAUUAAUCCACUUUAUUAUUAUUAUUAUUAUUUUGAAACGAGUCGUCUUCAGUUGAAGGGAAGCUCUCAUACGGUGUACAUACAGGAUAUCUCUCUGCACAUACGACAUGUAACUCCCUCCAUACAUUUCUCUCCAUCGUCCAUCCAGCAGCAUCUCAGCUGAAAGGUCCAUAAUGCAGUCCAGUCGUGGCUCAGUGUCUCUCCCACACCAUCGCCACCUUUAUCUGAUUGGGGGGGGGGGAGCCCAGGCGUGAACCUGGGCGGCCAUCAAGUCGCUUGGAGCGGCGUUGAUUUUGAAAAUUGAGUGUUCUGUAUUUGUAUUUUUACUGAACAAAAAAAAAAAAGUUAAAGUAUCUGUAAAUAUGUUUAAAACUGAGACACAAAUUCAAUAAAGAUGUUAUGAAAAGUGA